AUGAACCUAGAGAAGGAUAAAAAGGUGCUUAAGGACAAGUUACGAGAAGAGCUGCAAAGACUGAAGGGGUACUCCAUAAUCCAGCUGGUACUAUCCUCCCUCCUCCAAUCGGAGAAAGAGACAAACGGAGGUGUGAAAAAAAAAGGAAUUCUAUACAGCCAAAUAGAAUCAAAAUAUGUAGGAAAAAUAGUGUAUGAUACAUUUUGUCACUCCAGGGGGGCAAGGAGGUAUGGUGAACGUAACCCCUUCCCACUCUGUUGUGUUAAAAGAAGAGUACACAUUGGGAAGGGAAGCAAACAACUCGUCGUCAGCUGGACUGAUAGGAGCAUCCCCUCCGAAACGGCAUUCCAACUGAUUAGCAGAGAGAAAGACUUUUUUAUUUUCCUAAAAAUUACGCAUUAUGUGAAGAAAGAACCACUGAGGAGGGCAGCAGAGGGGUCACUCUCGCCCCUCAUAGUGUUUCUCUACGAUGUGGCGGCAGCAGAGAGGGGUGGCACAGACGAAAGAGAGAAGGAAAGGAUCAGCGGAGGGUGCACCGAUGGGCCUCUCACCGAUGUGGGGUCCACAAAUGGGGGGAAUUCUUCCCUCGCUCAGUUGGCCAACGUGCAGGGGGGAGCCACAUGCUGCGAAACAGGAAUAGGAGGAGCGGCAAAGUCGAAAAGGGAACCACCCCAAAAAGGGGACUACAAAAAGUUCGUCGAUCGAUACCUGUUGUUAGUUCACUACAGGAGCCAUCGAAAGGUGACUCUUUCGCAAUUUUUGAACUCUCUAGUCAGUGCAUCACUUAACCAUUCGCAGAUUGGUUUUGAUUCGAAUUCCACUGCUAUGGAAGAGCAGCACAGGGGUCAGGAUGAGCGGGGAGAGGGCUCCAUUUUGGUCACUCCCCAUGGAAGGAGCAGCAAAAGAAGAGAGACAAAAGGCAUAAGUGGAAAUUCCCACCCCGGUAGAAGACUCAAUACCGUUGAUUUGCAGAACGAUGUAACGGGUAAGGUGUCCCACUCCAAAAGGGACUUCCCUCCGGAAAAGAUACAUGAUCAUCCCGAGGGAUACAGCGAUGGUGAUAUUCGUAAUGAGAGGGAUGAGGUCAACUCAUGGGUUAUGCCUCUCCUAUCCGGAAGGCAAACAAGAUGGCUCAAAUUUUGUCGCCAAAAAAAAUACACGUUCCACCAUCGCCCCCCCCAAAAAGGAACCAACUCAUCAGAACAAAUCUGCCACUUGUUAACGGUACCAAAUUGCCGCAUAUACAUUUAUACAUCCAAAAUGGAAAAGGGAAAGCAUAUCUUUUUAACCUUCCACAAAAUGAGUAAGUGCUUCUUUAUUUUUGCUUCUCCCAUUUUGGGGGUCCUUAACGGAGACCACUUGCAAUUUGUCUGUCUGUCGAGUGGCUAUCGCAAGUGCAAUACGCGAACUUCAUGCGGUCGGGACAAGGAAGGGGCUACCCCCCCCCAAGUGAUUACCCCCUUCUUGGAGGAACUGUCCCUUUCGAUUGGAGCUAUGUAUAACAAGAAGAAAAAGUCAAUUAGGAAGCUCCAAAAAUAUCUGGCGAACAGGACUCUCAAGGGGUACAUAAAUUUCCAUCGCUUUGGUAAAGAAGUCCAGAAGGAACAACAAAUUUACUCCUACACGUUUUACGACAUUGGGGAUAAUUUUUUCCUAACAAAGGGAGAGCACUCCCCAGAAGAGCUCUCAGGAGGUCCCCAAAGAAGGCGCCCAAAGAACCCCACACAGGGCAUUCCCAACCUGCUUCAAAAAAUAGGGCCCAUUCUAACCCAGUGCAGCCACUUUAACCCCAAAGUGGAUAUCCAUUUUGCUCAAAGGAGACUCGAGAAGGUAUGCGCAAAUGUGACUGAUGUGUUAAACUGGUGUAGACAAUUUAGGACGUCCAUAAGGUGGACGAAAAGGAGAGAGUGCAUAUGUGUAUACUUCCUUAGGAAGGAUUUCCCAUCGGUAAUUAGCACCAAAUGGAAUGGUACAAAUGGUCCACUAGUGGAAUGCCCAACUGGGUUUACUCAGCCCUCCCCCUGGAAUAGCAAUGAUAAAAAUAGAGGAACGAAGAGCCCAGAGAGGAAUACUUUUCAAUCCGUUCAGUCACUUUGUCCCUUCCAAAUUUUAUCCACCAGAGGAAGAAUCUUCAAAAUGAUCAGGAGAGUAUGCCUCCUUUUGUUUAGCCUUACUCAUAAAAUGGAGAAGCUUGCCAAUUUGGAUCUCCUCCAUAUGUUAAGACACGUUCACCACGUGGUUGUAGCUUUUCCCUACCUUUACGUUUGUUACGCGCAGGAGGGGGGCUGCACCCGUGGGGAUAUCUCCACUCAGGAGAAGCGCCAUGGUCUUGGUCAACUUUCCCUUGCGCACCUCCCUCCACACAUGGAAGGGCUGCAACGAUUAAGAAGGAGAAGGAAGAAAGCCAUACGGAGGAUCUUGCUGAAGGAGGGAGAAUUCCUCUUCCUCCUAAAAAUGCAUAAAGUGCUUCUAUAUUUUUACCUGUACGUGACUGGAAAGUUGUGCCGAACGUGGCUCAACAGUGUCAGAGGGAGAAGGGGGGCGCCCAAAGAGGGGAGAAAGACGGCAUGGGAAGAAGCGACGUGCAAAGAAGUGACCCCCCCCGAAGCGCUGCCUCCGAGCCGGUUCGACGAACUUAUCAAACAAAUUAAAAGAGAAAAGUGGAAGAAAAAAAUUUAUCUGCAUGUUCGAAACUGCAUGGGGGUCCUCAAGCGCGACAAAAAGGGUGCUCAUACGGGUGAAGAAAUGAAUAACAAAGCGCACACCUUGGAAGGAGGAGCGCGAGGGACAAAAGGAAGGCUCAUCAGUUCGUUUAUUUUGAGGCCCGUGUGCAUGAAUGGGAAUUUCUCGGGGGGCACAGAAGCCACUCCUGAGGGGGUUCGAGACAGGGGAGUGGACUACGAGGAGGUUCUUUCUGCUGGCAGAGCGACAGAUACUAACGCGGCUAACGCUGCUAACACUGCCAAUGAUGUCAACGCUGCCAACGCUUCCAACGCUUCCAACCAUGCCAACUCACGUACGGAGCAACGCAGCGAAGGGGCACACGCAGAAAAAGACGAUUACGCCAACUUCUUCAAACUGCGAAACAUGAAAAAGACGGCCCGCAUAUUGGGCCCAGCGCUGAUGGAUAGAAUGGCUGACAGACUCUACGUCGGAAGGAAGGCCCUUUUGAAUGUGAACGCACACAGGGAAGAACUACUGGGAAUAGUGAGCCAAUUCGAGGAGGACGCAAAGGGGGUUCUCUGUGCUGUAAGGGAAGCAUCCUCUCACCGGGGAGGCAUAAUAACUACCAGUCAGCAUGAUCUGGAUGACCCACCACGCAGCCUCAACGGAGAGGAAGUGCAAAGAUUGUUACACCAUAUAUGCAAGAAGAAGCGUGUUAAUAAAAAUUUCUCUAUUUUUAACAUCCCCAGUGGGUGUACAGGAAGGGGAAGGCUGCGCCAUGUUAGUGGGGUCAAGGUGAAUAACAAGGUGGUGAGAAGUUUCUUCCGACUGGAGAAGUCCCCACGUGAGAAACGACCCCUUGAGGAGUCACUUCGACGGGGGAGUCAUAGCCGUACCCACAAAGUUUCCCUGAAAUAUCUGGUCCAUUUGGUGAAUGGACACAUAACCUUUGCCGUGAAUAUUUUUUCGAAGGAUCAUCAAAAAUGGGCCCACUCAAGAAGUCGGGUGUACUUUCUCAACGUGUGCAAAAAUGAUGUAAUUAAAAAUAUGUUAAUAGAAAGGACAAUUCACUUUUUGGAGGAUCUCCUAACCUAUGUGCAGGAAAAUCUCCCCUUCCUGGAGAGCGAAAAAAAGACGCGUGUCCCCAAAGGCCACCACAUCUCCUACAAUUUGUGCAAAAUAUUUUGUUACGAAUUAAAGCAAGGUAAAUGUGAGAUGAAAAAAAUAUACAAGGUGCAACCCGGGGGGGAAUUUUACGUACACCUUUUUACCUUAACAAGUCAGGCGACUCUCUUUCUUUAUUCCACCGGGGGGGGAGGCGGCUUCUGUAACCCUUUUUUUGUGAAGUUUUUUGAGCGGAAUAAAUUCUACGACGCCUUUGUGGAAAGUGCAAAUCGAGUAAUCUGA